AUGAUUGCCACUGAAGUAGACCAGCCGCUUUUAUCGUCUGCGUCGCGUGUGCAACCAGCUAUUCCCCGGCCUCCAUCGCGGGGAAACCCCUUAGAGCGACCUCCGUCGCGUGGGAAUGUGGCAGAGCGGAAGGUCGUCGCGAAAGACCCGCUGCUGCUGCGAGUGGCUCGAGGCGAAGAAGCGGAGCGUACGCCAGUCUGGUUGUUGCGUCAGUCAGGCCGUUACUUGGAAGAUUUUCGAAGGCUCUCCGAAGGCUAUUCAUUCAGGGACCGUCUCGAGAACCCCGAGCUGGUAACAGAGCUGUCGCUGCUGCCGUGGCGAAAGUUUGCGACGGACGCGGUGGUGCUGUUUUCGGACGUGCUGGCCGUGCUGCCGGGCGUGGGGCUCGAGUUCGACAUGGUGCGGGGAAGAGGCGCCGUCGUGGCUACACCCGUGCGGUCGCGAGAAGACCUCCUGAGGUUAAGGCCCUUGGACGAUCCCGACUCGCAGCUGCCGUACCUCCGUCCCGUGCUCAACGCUCUCCGGCGUGAAACAGUCGCGGCGGCCGCCGCCGCCUCCACCAGCAGCAGCAGCAGCAGGGAUAGCAGCGGGUGCGAUAGUAGCGGGGACAGGGACGGCGGGGCAGCGGUGAUGGGGUUCGUGGGGGCGCCGUGGAGUGUGGUUGCGCACGCAGUGGAGGGACAGGCAGACCAGAACCUGUUUCUCACCAAGCUGAUGAUGAUGCACGACCCCGAUCUCCUCCACGACAUUCUCGCCUUCUUCGAGGAUGCCCUUUUCGCCCUCGCCAUCCACCAGAUCGACUGCGGCGCACAGAUCAUCCAAGUGUUUGACUCGUGGGCGCACCACCUCUCCCCGCCGCAGUUCGCCGCCUUCUCCCUCCCCUACACCAACCGCCUCAUCUCCCGCAUCCAGUCCGCGCGCCCGCACGCGCCCGUCCUCCUGCAAACCAUCGGCAGCACCGGCAAACUCCACCUCAUAGCUGAAAACUGCCCGGCGAACAUUGUCGGGCUAGACUGGGGUUGUGAUAUGAGUGAGGCGCGGAGGCUGUUGGGAGAAGGCGUGGUGCUGCAGGGGAACGUUGAUCCCAUGGCAUUGCUGGGACCUAGGGAAUACCUGAGGGAAGCUGUAGCGGAGUGUAUUAAGCAAGGGGGAGGGUCGCGGCAUGUGCUGAAUAUCGGCCAUGGGGUUGUGCAGGAUACUCCCGAGGAAGCAGUUGCUCUGUUUUGCCAGCUGGCGAGAGAAGAGAGCGAGAGGUUCCGGGGUGGGAGUGCAGCUGCUGUGCCUGGUUUCCAAGGCAGUUCCGACCCUGCAGGCCGCGGCCAACCCAGUGAGGCGUAUGUCCAGAGUGCAGGGAAAGACACUGAGAGAACGGGUCGUGCCCAUACCAGUCAGGCUGCUUCAAAUGACGCCAUUGCUGCUAUUCAUGCCACAUGGAGUGUGGGGGACACGGUGCCUAAAGGUGUGGCUGCUGCUGCAGCCUUCCCGUCUCUCUCAUCAGCACUGCUUGCUUCGGCCCGCCACUCGCUAUCGUCGCUGUCAAGUCCAUCUAGGAGGCGCCGUUAUACCAGUGGCUGUUGA